AUGGAGGAUAUAAUGGACAAAGAGUGGCUGUACUUAUCAAGGGUAUGGAUCCUACAUAUAGCGUCUGGAUAUUUCAUGGAGAACAACCAAAUACAUCAAAUAGUCGAUGUGCAAAUGCUCGAGUCACGUAGGAUGUUCGAGGACUUCUAUGCACAACGCGAUGAAGAUCCUGAAAACCCUCCUGAUGGAAGAAAGAAAGAGCUGGAAAGUUUAGUUCAUGAUGCUGAAACUCCUUUAUAUCCUGGCUGUAAGGCGUUUACGAAGAUGUCAGAUUCUGUUGCUAUGUUUAAGCAUAAAGCUUCACAUGGUUUAUCAGACAGUGGUUUCGAUGAACUCAUAAGUCUUGUUCGAGACAUGUUGCCAGAAAAUAAUACACUUCCGAGCUCAUUUUAUGAGAUGAAAAAACUUGUUAAUACAUUCGAUCUUGGCUAUGAGAAGAUACAUGCAUGCUAUAAUGAUUGUUGUCUAUAUAGAAAGGAGCUUGAACAUGCCGAGGUCUGUCCAAAAUGUGGUUCCUCAAGAUGGAAAGUUAACAAACGGACUAAGAAAAUUGAAAAAAAAGUUCCUGCAAAAGUCUUACGUUAUUUUCCAAUAAUACCAAGACUUAAGAUAAUGUUUGGAAUAGAUGAGAUGGAAACACAACUAAGAUGGCACGCAAGUAAUAAAAGUUCAGACGACAAAAUUAGGCAUCCGGUUGAUUCAUUGAGUUGGGAAACAAUUAAUAGAAGGUGGCCACAUUUUGCAUCAGAUCCUCGAAAUAUUAGAUUAGGUCUUGCCACUGAUAGAUUUAAUCCUUUCAAAGAUCUAAGCUCUAACUACAGUUGUUGGCCAGUAAUUCUAACUAUAUAUAACUUGCCUCCCUCAUUAUGCAUGUUAAAGGAAAGUCUAAUGUUGAGUUUAUUGAUCCCGGGACCUAAGCAGCCUGGUAAUGACAUAGAUGUUUUUCUGGCACCACUUGUAGAUGACUUGAUAUUGUUAUGGAAUGAUGGGGUUGAGAUGUAUGAUGCAGUUACGAAGUGCACAUUCAAUUUAAAAGCUAUUUUGAUGUGGACAAUACAUGACUUUCCUGCCUAUGGAAAUAUAUCUGGAUGGCCCGUCAAGGGAAAAAUUGCAUGCCCUAUUUGUCGUGAAGAUACAUAUUCACUAUGGUUGAAGCAUGGUAGGAAGUUUGCAUACAUGGGACAUAGAAGAUUUCUCUGCUUUGGCCAUCCAUUUCGCAAAAAAAAAAAGACUCUACUUGUACGUCACAAUUUGGAUGUGAUGCACGUUGAAAAGAAUAUUUGUGAUAGCAUCCUCGAUACACUUUUGGAUGUCAAAGGAAAAUCUAAAGAUGGCAUUAACUCUCGUAAGGACUUAGAAGCUAUGAAUAUUAGGCAUGAUUUGCAUCCUGAGAGUAGAGGAGAUAAAUUCUACCUACCGGUUGCUCCUCACACUUUAUCAAAACCUGAACGAGAAAUGUUUUGCAAAAGGCUUGCUAACUUGAGAUUACCCGAUGGUUAUGGAUCUAAUAUUGGAAAUUGCAUUUCGAUGGAAGAAUUGAAGAUAGUUGGACUGAAGUCUCAUGAUUGUCACAUUUUAAUGCAACAAUUACUACCAAUUGCGUUGAGAGGGCUUCUACCUAAAGGAGCAAGGAACUCCAUUUCGAAGUUGUGUUCAUUUUUUAAUGCAAUAUGCCAGAGAGUUGUGGAUAGAAAUAAUGUCGAACAAUUAGAGGAGGACGUGAUAGAAAUUGUAUGCAUGUUGGAAAUGUAUUUUCCACCUUCCUUUUUUGAUAUAAUGGUUCACUUGACAAUCCAUAUUGGGAGAGAAGUUAGUUUAUGUGGACCAGUACAAUAUCGUUGGAUGUACCCAUUCGAGAGGUAUAUGAAAGUGUUGAAAGGGUAUGUUAUGAAUCGUGCACGGCCUGAAGGGUGCAUAGCUGAACAUUAUGUUGUCGAGGAAAAUGCAAUGUUUUGUAGCAAAUACAUAACGCAAGCAUUUGAAAUUGGCGCUAAAAUUGUACGCAAUGAAGAAUAUGGUAGUGAUUUCUUGGUUGUAGGGCGUACAAUAUCUAAAGGGAAGCCGCUUGUACUGUCUGAUGACAUGUUGAAAGUUGCUCAUCGUUAUGUGUUGUCAAAUAAUACAGAAGUUCAACCAUAUAUAAAGAUGCAUAUGGCUGAACUCAAGAGUUUUGACAAGCGACUAGAAAGAAAUGAGACUUUGUUGCAUAAGAAACACAUUGAUUCUUUUGCUACCUGGUUGGAUGAUAAGAUUAAAUGUCAACUGCUGGUGGACAAUGUUUCGAGCAAUUUGAUGUGGCUUGCACGUGGUCCUAGAUGUCAAUCCAUGUCAUACUCUGGAUUUGUCAUAAACGGUCUUCGAUUUUACACUAAAGAUGCGGAGAAAUCACGUCAAAAUAGUGGCAUUUUAGUUGAGGCAACAACUAUUUGCAGAUCCAGUGCAAAAGAUAAUGCGCAUGCAGUUGGGCAAAUUAUUUAUUAUGGAGUUUUACAUGAUGUUAUAAUUCUUGAUUACAACGCAUUUCAUGUUCCAAUAUUCAAGUGUGAUUGGGCAAAUAUCGUGAACGGAAUAAGAAGGGAAGAUGGAUUCACUCUGGUUAACCUUCAUGAGGGACUCAAACAAUUUGAAAAUGAUCCUUUCAUCUUGGCGACACAAGCAAAACAAGUCUUUUACUCAAGAGAGAAUGAAACAUCCAGUUGGUAUGUCGCUUUACAAGCACCAUCAAGAGACUUUCAUGGUUCACACAUGGAAGAAGAUACUGCGUAUGAGAUAACUAUUCCACUAGAUAUAUCACAACGAAAUAUUGAUAAUCUUGAUGAUGAUGAGAAUUAUGCAAGGAUAGGCGUUGAAGGCUUUUUAUGUGAUCCGUAG